CUUGGCACGAGGUUUGUAAAGUUUCAUACAGACGGACGCGAUAGUCUCUCUUGAGCGACUAAACGUUAUCUAAUAAUUUCAAGAAGUCACUAUUAAAUAUCUGAAUAUAGAGCCCUAGAAAAUAUCCGUGUGCGACCAUAUGGACCUUUUCGAGGAGAAAGUUCGUCUACAUGAAUCUACAACGGAAGUUGGUGGGCUCAUAAUAACUAAGUCAAAAGAAAAUUUCAAACAACCUCAAAAGUCCUUAUUUGGACUUGAUAAGUUGGCGGCAAAAAAGCGACAGGAAUCUGAGGAUCUUAAUCUACAGUUUAACAAGCGCGAUGUUACAAAUAAAGAAAGGUUCUAUAGGGAAAGGCGCGUUGAAACCCCUUCCAAUCGUGGGGGUGUUAGCAAAGAAUAUUUCGAUUCUCAGGCAAGAAGGCGUGAGCGUGACCAGAAAGAACGCUUAAAAACCGGUCUUGUAUCAACAUCCAGAAAAAUUGGUGAGAACUACUCAGACUCUCGAAAAUCAUCAGGUAAACUUUAAUGUGUAAAUACGCAAGGUUACUAUGUGUUUUGAUGCUACUACGACUUCUUAAAACUCCUCUUGUGGCUACGUAACCUUAAAACACGCUCGAAGAUAUUUCAUCCCGUCUGAAUCCAAAUUAACAGUAAUUCUUUUGUGUACAAUUAUAUCUAAAUGAAUCGUUUUACAGUUAGAUUUAUAACAUAACUCCUAGAUUUCAAUGCUUUUAGUCGACGGCUUUACUUCAAAUAAAUUCUCACUCACAAGUUAUUCUAUGUUGAGAAGUGAAGUAUACGUACACUUAUCAUUUUAUUGUUAAAAUGCAAAUCUAAACAUUCCUAUCCUAACCAACGUCACAACCUCGUCCAUUCUGAACUAUUUCUUGCAAUAUUUGUGGCAUGCAUUUAAGCGUUAUUACGCUUAUAAUUUGUUUGCCAACCACAGUCCCAGAAUACUCAAAUUUAUCUAAAUUAUAAUUUACACUAUUAACCUUUCCUGAUAGCAUUUCCAGUAAUUUCAGUGUAAACUAUUCUCAGUGAAUCAGGUACAUAUUUUCAAACCUUUUAGUUAUUUGUUCUUGGUUCAAUUAUAUUCAGUUAAAACAGUUGUGGUAUUACAGAUUGUUGAUUACGUUUCAUAUUUCUUGCCGAAGCUGUUUUACUGUACGAAUAAACUUUAGAGAAACUAUCUCUUAAAUAAUCUUUUUUUUUAAUUUCUUGGCAGACUAUUCUCGCACUGAAUUAGUCAGAGAAAAAGAAUCUCUCAGCACUCGACAUCGGAGAGAAGCAGAAUGGGAAGAUGAAACACCUAAUCAUAGCAGUCGGGAAAAUAGAAGUACUACUGGGACAAGUAUUAACCGAUUUGAAACUCCUGAAAUAUAUAAUGUUGGGGGACGGUCUCCAGGACAUUCUAGCUGGGAUGAUUCUGGUUUAGGAUCUAGUCGAUCUACUACCCCUCGCACUACCGGAUCACUAGCUCGUAAUUCCAAUAAUGAUCGAUAUACCUAUACUCCUAUGCCUACUCCAAGUUUUAAGCAUAAUUCAUGGAUGCAAUCAAAUAAAAAUAACACAGGGAGUUCGGACUCCAGAAAACAGCAUUCGGGUCGUCAUACUCAUGGCCAGUCUUAUGCACAAGUUUCCAGUGAAAACGAAGGCGAUAGUGUGAAACCUGAUUCUAAUGAGAUAGAGGAAGAUGGUGAUGAUAUUAAGGCUGAAAAUGAACGCUUAGAUCGUAAUUGGUAUCAAAUGGAUGAUGGCUAUGAUAAUGAUAACCAUCCGUUUUCUGACAUUCCUGAAGAGUAUGCUGCUAAAAAGGAACGUCAAUUAGCAGAACGUAAAAAACGACAUAAACAACGCUUAACUGCAAAAGCUGUCCAAGUUCAUAAAGAUAAUCAAGCAUGGGAACAUAAUCGUAUGUUAAGAUCUGGAGUUGUUCAACGAGUAGAUUUUGAACAAGAUGAAGAUUUCGAUGAAGAAGGUGAAGCUAGAGUUCACUUAUUAGUUCGUAAUAUACUUCCACCAUUUUUGGAUGGACGAAUUGUUUUCACUCGUCAACCUGAACCUAUUAUUCCUGUCAAGGACCCAGAGAGUAUAAUGGCCAAAGUUGCGCAGAAAGGCAGUGCCAUUGUGAAAUACUUUCGAGAACAAAAAGAACGUAAAAGAGCACAAAAGAAAGAAUGGCAAUUGGCUGGUACACGUAUAGGGGAAGUUAUGGGUAUAAAACCUCCGGAAGAACAGGAUAAUUGGACAGAGAAAUCACAUCGUGAUGCACAGACAUUUGCCGAUAAAGUAGGAGAUAUGAAAUCUGAAGCAGUUAGCGAGUUCGCUACACGAAAAACCAUUGUGGAACAACGACAAUACUUACCAGUAUUUUCCGUAAGGACAUCCUUACUGAGAAUGAUUAAGGAACAUCAAAUUGUAGUGAUUGUUGGCGAAACUGGAAGUGGUAAAACUACUCAAUUAACUCAAUAUUUACAUGAAGAUGGUUUUACAACUUAUGGCAUGGUUGGUUGUACUCAACCACGUCGUGUUGCUGCUAUGUCUGUUGCUCGACGAGUUGCUGAAGAAAUGAAUGUACGUUUAGGUGAAGAAGUUGGUUAUGCUAUAAGAUUCGAAGAUUGUACUUCUUCUUCCACUUUAAUUAAAUAUAUGACUGAUGGAAUUCUAUUACGUGAGUCACUACGUGAAUCUGAUCUUGAUCCAUACUCUGCAAUUAUCAUGGAUGAAGCGCAUGAAAGGUCUUUAAAUACUGAUGUAUUAUUUGGAUUGUUACGUGAAGUUGUUAGUAGGCGUAAUGAUUUACGUCUUUUAAUCACUUCUGCUACAAUGGACGCAGAAAGAUUUGCUCAGUUUUUCGGUGAUUGUCCUAUUUUUCGAAUACCUGGCCGAACAUUUCCUGUUGAUACACAAUUCAGUAAAACAACAGUAAUGGAUUAUGUAGAUGCAUCUGUGAAACAAGCAAUUCAGGUUCAUUUAGGCUCACCAACAGAUGGUGAUAUACUCAUUUUUAUGCCUGGUCAAGAAGAUAUUGAGGUGACAUGUGAACUAAUUGCUGAACGUUUGAGUAACUUGGAUGAAGCUCCUCCACUGUCCAUCCUCCCCAUUUAUUCUCAGUUACCGAGCGAUCUUCAAGCAAAAAUAUUUAUGAAGGCUGAAAAUGGUGUCCGAAAAUGUGUCGUGGCAACAAAUAUUGCUGAAACCUCAUUAACUGUUGAUGGGAUACGUUAUGUGAUCGAUUGUGGUUAUUGUAAAUUGAAAGUUUUCAACCCUAAAAUUGGUAUGGAUGCAUUACAAAUAUUUCCAAUUAGUCAAGCUAAUGCUAAUCAACGUGCUGGUCGUGCUGGUAGAACUGGUCCAGGAGUGUGUUACCGUUUAUACACUAUAAGUCAGUUUCAAGAUGAAAUGCUUAUCACAUCUGUUCCAGAAAUUCAGAGAACUAAUCUGGCCAAUGUUGUUCUCUUAUUAAAAUCUUUGGGUGUUCAAGAUUUAAUGCGAUUUCAUUUCAUGGAUGCUCCUCCACAGGAUAACAUAUUGAAUUCAAUGUAUCAACUAUGGAUUUUCGGUGCUCUUGAUAAUACUGGUAGUUUAACAAAUUUAGGUCGUCAAAUGGUUGAAUUUCCAUUGGAUCCAGCUUUGUCUAAAUUAUUAAUUAUUUCCUGUGAUAUGAAUUGUUCUGAAGAGAUUCUAACCAUUGUAUCAAUGCUUUCUGUGCCGAGUGUAUUCUACAGACCAAAAGGUCGUGAAGAAGAAUCAGAUAAUGCAAGAGAGAAAUUCCAAGUCCCAGAAUCUGAUCAUUUAACACUAUUGAACGUUUUCACUCAAUGGCGUAAAUCAGGUUAUUCAUCAGCAUUUUGUGCAAAACACUUUUUACACUUAAAAGCUAUGCGUAAAAUUCGUGAGGUUCGACAACAAAUGAAAGAAAUAAUGGAACAACACAACAUGAAUUUACAAUCGAUCGGCAGUGAUUGGGAUGUUGUGCGUGAAUGCUUAUGUGCUACUUUCUUCCAUCAAGCUGCUCGUAUCAAGGGUUUAGGUGAAUAUGUGAAUUUACGGACUGGUAUGCCUUGUCAUCUACAUCCAACUAGUGCUCUAUAUGGAAUGGGUUACACUCCGGACUAUGUUAUUUAUCAUGAAUUAAUUAUGACAACAAAAGAAUAUAUGCAAUGUGUUACAUCUGUCGAUGGUAAUUGGCUAGCUAAAGUUGGUCCUAUGUUUUACAGUGUUAAAGAUCCUAACCUUACUCGGUUGGAACGAAAGCGACAAGCUGAAGAACAACUCGUAGAAAUGGAAAAUGAAAUGCGUCUGGCUGAAGAACAGCUUUCUCGUCGACGUGAAGAACUUUCAGCAUCUAUUGGUUCAAGUCGUUUGCGACCAAUAAUUACACCUGGUAUGCGCACUCCUGGUACUCCUUUGGUGUCUAAACGUCCUGGCAGUAGACUUGGUUUAUAAUCAUAUCUGUUGUACGAUUAUUAAUUAAUGUACAUAGUUUAUUUUUGUAAAAUAUUUUCAAAUAUAAAUUAAAAAUUCAUCUUUCAAAUAUAUUUAUCUUACCAC